AUGCCCAGGUAUGCUCCCCUUCCAGUUCCCCGUUCGCAAAGUCAUCAGAACGAUAGGAAGAAAGAAAAUCGGUUCAAGACUUGGUCACGGCAGCAUACAAAGGUUCCAGAGGUUAUAGAUGAGUACAAAAGAUACUGCAAGGAACCAGUGAUGGAAAUGGACCCGGAUGAGGUAUUUGAUCCGCUUGAAUGGUGGCAGGAGUCCACACAACAAAAGGUCUAUCCAUAUCUCUCAAAAAUGGCUCUAGAUUUGCUCUCAAUCCCAGCAAUGUCAGCCGAGGUUGAAAGAUUGUUUUCUAGUUGCAAGAUUACAAUCACCGACCGAAGGAAUCGCAUUGGGAUUGAUGCUGUAGAGGCUAUUGAGUGUUUGAAGUCGUGGCUACGGGAAAAUAACGUUGCAUGGGUUGAUGAGGAGUGGAUAGACCGAUGGGUAGCAGAGGUAGAGGCGGAGACACAAAAAGGAAAGGAAAGGGUAGAAUAA